CUCUCGGCUUCCGUUGAGCAUGAACAAGAUGGCAGCCUCCGAGACGGUUAGGCUACGGCUUCAAUUUGACUACCCGCCGCCGGCCACGCCGCACUGCACGGUCUUCUGGCUCCUGGUGGACCUGAACAGAUGCCGAGUUGUCACGGAUCUCAUCAGUCUCAUCCGCCAGCGCUUCGGCUUCAGUUCCGGGGCGCUCCUGGGCCUCUACCUGGAAGGGGGCCUCCUGCCCCCCGCCGAGAGCGCGCGCCUGGUGAGAGACAACGACUGCCUGAGGGUUAAGUUAGAAGAUGGCGAACUCCUUGAGAAUUUCAUAGUAAGCAAUGGUGGCAACUCUAAUUUUCUACCCAGAAAAGCAAAGAAGCGGGCUUUUAAGUUGGUGGAGGAUGAAGAAAUGGACCUGGGCUCCAAGUGCUCCAAGAAGCACUGGAAGAAGCUGGAGGACAGCAGCUAUAAAGAGAAGGCCUUGGACCUGGAAACAAACCCUGUUCCGGAUGAGGAGGGGAGGACGAAAGGCAAGAGAAAAAGCAAAGUGACAGGCAGCCCAGCAGAGGAGGAAGAAGAGGCCAGAAAGAAGCCUCUAAAGAGAAAGGAGAAAUGUGAACAUAAGAAGCACACCAAGGCCCACAAGUCUCCCAAAAUGCAGGCGCCCAAGGAGUGGAGCCCACAGAACUGCGGUUCCCCCAAGGGCUCGCCCAAGGGCUCCCCCAAGAACUCCCCCAAAAACUCCCCCAGAAGCAGCCUCACUAAAGCCCGGAGGAAAAGCAGCACAGGGCCAAAAGGGGGCCCAGGCUACCUGUCAGAGUCUGAUUCUUGUCUAGAGUCCGUCAGCGAUGUCCACUGCGAUGUCACAGGGCAAGGGGUCACCUUUUCAGAGAAGCUCUCAGCUGAGCUGUUGAAGGAUGGUCCUGCUGCAAAAAGUCCAGCUGCCCACAGACAAGCCUCAAAGCCUGCCUUUCCCUUCAGCUUCGGCAAGGGCAAGGGCAGCAGAACCUCUUCAUCCAGUUCAGACUCCAGUUCAGAGUCGGAAGCCCAGUUCGUGGUCUCCAAGAACAUCUCUGAGGGUGCCUCAGACUUCUUAAAGACAGCUGGCCUCUUUGCAGAGCAAGGGUGUCCAGGGCUGACGUUGCAGACUCCAGGUGUUAUGGACUGGAAACCCUCUGACUCAAGUAGAGGCAGGCAAGCUUCUGGUCCUCCUCCCAGUGUGCCUGUCCCCAACAGUUUGGGAAGAGGAUGGGGUCGAGGAGAAGACUUGUUUUUGGGGAAGGGUCUGAGGGGCCGGGGUGUACGGGGCCGAGGUCGAGGCCGAGGGCAUGCUAUCUCCUGUAUCUUAAAUAGAAGUUCUGAGAGUCAGAAGCAGAAACAGUUAAAUGACAUCCUAACGAACUCAUCCACUGUGAUCCAGAAUCCUGUAGAGACACACAAGAAGGACUAUAGUCUAUUGCCACUGUUGGCAGCUGCCCCUCAAGUUGGCGAAAAGAUUGCAUUUAAGCUUUUGGAACUCACGUCGGACUACUCUCCUGAUGUCUCUGAUUACAAGGAAGGAAAAAUUUUAAGCCAUGACCCAGAGACCCAGCAAGUGGAUAUAGAAGUCCUGUCAUCCUUACCAGCUUUAAAAGAACCUGGGAAGUUUGAUUUGGUUUAUCACAAUGAAAACGGAACCGAGGUGGUGGAGUACGCUGUGACACAAGAGAGGAGGAUCACUGUGCUCUGGAAAGAGUUGAUUGAUCCAAGACUGAUUAUUGACUCCUCAAGUAGCAUUCCAAGUAAAGAGCAUGUCUGCACAUAACCUCUGACCUUAUCGCCUCGCAGUCCCUAAGUGUUGUCUGUGACCGUGACCAUAGCCUAAAGUUUUAAAAAGAAGAUUGAAUGUUAUUUGGACUUUCUGAUACUUUCACUUUACCAUACUAGAAAAAAAAAUCUACCUCAUCGUUUAGAGUAACAUGGGUGUUAAUUUGUGGAUCUUUAUUUCCUUCAGGCUAAGUUCAAUAACCCAAUAGAAAACAUGACCGGUAUAGUAUGCAGUGUGUUUGCUCUCUCUCUCCUCUGGGAGCACCAGUAGCAAUCGGCAGUAGGCGGUUACAGUGCCACGUGCAAGAUCGUGCUGUGCAUCUUGUUUGUUUUUUCAGUCAUAUUUAAAAUACUAAGGCAUGUUUCUUGACUUAAUUUUUUAACAUGUGAGUUGUUCUGAUAAGCCUGGAGCAUCUCACGAAUCCAGAGCAUUUUAUACUUGUCAUUCUCAAGACUUAGUGCAGUUGGAUUUGUUGCAGGUGAUGAGUUAAGGAAUCCUUCCACAUUUUUUUCCAGCUGUAAAAUAUAGGAUUCUCAGGGCCCUGUGUAGAGGACAAUGGGAAGACAACUUUGUUGUAUUGCCUGAGGACAGCUGGCCAUGAACCUCAGAUCAGGGGGCAAGUGACCUUGCCACGGGAUACCAAGAGCCUGGUUUAGCACGCGGAAGUGAGGAUCUUGAACAGAAACUUCCUUUUCUGUUAUUAUUCAGCAAAAGCUAAAGACUGAAUAUAAACUGUGAAAAUUGCUUUCUUUUAACAAAAAAAAAAAAUGUAGAUCCCUCUUUCAGCUUUGCAAAUUUUUAAAUAAAAUCAUAUUGAACUCAA